CUGCCAGUCUGUCUGUCUGCCAGUCUGUCAGUCUGUCUGUCUGCCAGUCUGUCUGUCUGCCAGUCUGUCUGUCUGCCAGUCUGCCAGUCUGUCUGUCUGCCAGUCUGCCAGUCUGUCUGUCUGCCAGUCUGCCAGUCUGUCUGUCUGCCAGUCUGCCAGUCUGUCUGUCUGUCUGUCUGCCAGUCUGUCUGUCUGCCAGUCUGCCAGUCUGUCUGUCUGUCUGUCUGCCAGUCUGUCUGUCUGCCAGUCUGUCUCUCUGCCAGUCUGCCAGUCUGUCUGUCUGCCAGUCUGCCAGUCUGUCUGUCUGCCAGUCUGCCUGUCUGCCAGUCUGUCUGUCUGCCAGUCAGUCAGUCAGUCAAUCAGUCAGUCUGUCUGUCUGUCUGCCAGUCUGUCUGUCGUCUGUGUGUCUGUCUGCCGGUCUGUCUGUCUGUCUGUCUGCGGGACUGUCUGUCUGUCUGUCUAUCUGUCUGUUUGUCGGUCUGUCUGUCAGUCUGUCUGACUGUCUGA